GCAGGGCAGGACGGUGUGGGCUGCAGGGUCCCUCCUGCCUUGUACCCGCAAGGGGGACCUGCCCCCCCAGGCAGCUGGUGGCAGCGAGGGCUGGAGGCACUGGAGCAGGAAGGUCAUGGAGAGCGUCCGGGCCCUGCGCCGGGGGGAUUAGCGCUGUCCUUGCUGUGUCACGCAGCCCUUGGGCCCAUCCCCUGCCUAAUCCCCUCGCCCCGGGCGGCUGGCUGGCACCGGGCAUGGGCACCCAGCCCCCUCCCUCCCUGCCCAGGCUCAGGGGGGGGGGAAACAGAGCUGCCCCUGUGGCUCCACCACACCUCUCGGGGGGCUCAGCCCUUCGGCAGAGUGCCCAGCAGGGCUCAGCCCUGCUACAAAAUGGGGAAAAAAGGAUUGCAGUGCCAGUCCCCGCGAGCCGGCAGGGAAACUGAGGCAGCGGGGUGGGCAGCUUGCAGUGCCACGCCAGAGCUGUGCCAUGGCUGGGGCUGUGGGCAGUGGGGCACAGCAGGCAGAGGUGAGGCAGGAGGUGUCCGAAACCCCCAAGUUUGCCGAGUCCUAUGGGAUUUUGGGGUGGGCAGCGUGUGCCCGUGGGGCAGCCCAGCCCCUGUGGCUGGUCCCAGUGCACCACAGGCCAGGUGAGCAGCACUGGCACAGCCAGGGUGCCCGCUGCACCCCACCACCUCACCCCACCGCUCUCCUUUCCCCACAGGGUGCCGGCCCCGCAGGCAGCCGGCGACACAGGAUGGUGCCGGCGCUGGCACUAUGGGCUUGCCUGGCGCUGGGCACGGCCGGCGGGGAGAGCCCGGCACCGGAGCCCCUGGCAGGCGGCCGGCCCUUCGCCGUGGUGUGGAACAUCCCCGCUGGCCGCUGCCAGCGCCGCUUCGGCGUGGAGCUGCCCCUCAGCAACUACGGCAUCGUGGAGAACCGGGAUGGCCACUUCGCCGGCCAGAACAUCACCAUCUUCUACAAGAACAAGUUUGGGCUGUACCCCUACCUGUCACGGCAGGGCAUCCCCCGCAACGGGGGCAUCCCCCAGCGCGUCCCCCUUGGCGUCCACCUUGCCAGGGCCACCAGGGACAUCCGUCGCCUCCUGCGCCCCGCUUUCCACGGGCUGGCCGUGGUGGACUGGGAGGAGUGGAGGCCCCUCUGGGCCCAAAAUUGGGGAGCCAAGUGGAUUUACCGGGCAGCCUCGGAGCAGUGGGUGCGGGACCAGCACGGCCUCCUGCCGGCGCGGCGGCGGCUGCGGCUGGCACGGCGGGAGUUUGAGCGGGCGGCGCGGGCUCUGAUGGAGGAGACGCUUCUGCUGGGCAGGACCCUGCGCCCGGGGGGACUCUGGGGUUUCUACCGCUUCCCCGACUGCCUCAACGCCAACUGGGCCAAGGAGGCCAACUACACCGGGCAGUGCCGGCCAGCGGAGGUGGAGCGGAACAACCAGCUGGGCUGGCUCUGGGCCGCCUCCACCGCCCUCUACCCCAGCAUCUACCUGCCGCCGGCGCUGCCACCCACCCUGCGCCCCCGCUACGUGCACCACCGGCUGCGCGAGGCCCUGCGGGUGGCCGCCUUCGGGGCCGAUGGCCUCCUGCCCGUGGUCGCCUACUCCCGCCUCUCCUUCCGCCGCUCGCCCCGAUUCCUGGAGCUAGCUGACCUGGUGCACACCAUUGGGGAGAGCGCAGCGCUGGGUGCGGCUGGACUUGUGCUCUGGGGAGACAUGUCGUACUCCCGCUCGGCUGAAUGCUGUGCCAGCCUGCGCCACUACCUCGUGUCCACCCUGGGUCCCUACGUGGCCAACGUGACGGCGGCAGCCUGGGAGUGCAGCUACGGGCAGUGCCAUGGGCACGGGCGCUGCGUGCGCCGGCAGCCCCAUGACCUGGGCAACUUCCUGCACCUCGGCACUGGCCCAACAGACACUUUCCGCUGCCACUGCUACCACGGCUGGACUGGUGAGGACUGUGCCCAGCGGGUUGAGCCUGGUCCUACAGCCUCCUGCCUGUCACCCAUCCACGCUUACAGCCUCUACGGGUACAACGACCUCCCCCCCGCCGACAUCUGCCUGCCACGGGGCACGUGGGGCUGGUGACCAGGGCUGGGGACCACCAUGGUCCCCUAUCCUGGCAGCACUACUGCCUAGUGCUUCCUAUGGUCUUGUUAACUUAAAUAAAUCUUUGUGGCACA